AUGUUGACUGGGAUUUUAGUCGUUGGGGCCCUCUGGGGUGUCACUACGCCGCUGCUGCGCUUGGAGAGUUUGGAGCAGCAGCAGCAGCAACAGCAGCAGCAGCAACAACAGCAGCAGCAGCAGCAGCAGCAACAGCAGCAGCAGAGAAAAGGGAACACUAAAUAUCCGCUGCUGCUGCAGCUGCUCCUAAGGUGGCGAUUCCUGGCGCUGUACCUCCUCAACCAGUUGGGCUCCGUCGUCUUCUUCAUCCUUCUUGGCACAUACGGUCAGCUAGCUAGCUAG